AUGGACGAGGAUCGAGACGAGCCUCAAUUCGCCCCCUGGUACCGCAUACCGUCGCGUCGCAUUGUGGCCGUCGAACACCCAGGCAUCAUACUGGAUCCUUCCAAGCCGGACUACAAGGCUCAACUAUCCCUCCGCCCAGAGGAUCCGCUGGCAGGCACAGUUGAGUCAAUGAACAGACAAACCAACAACAUCCUGCUGAAGGUCACUGUUCCAAAAUGGACAGGACGAAAGCGGAAACGCGGAAGUGAUGAGCCUUUUACUAUGAGCUCGGAUUCCACGCAGCAAGACAUCGAAAGAGAACGCCAGAGCUGUGCGUUUAGGCAACGGAGUUUGAUGGAUAAUGUCCAUCAGUAUUCGGUUGAGGUUAUGGGGACAGUUGAGAGAACUCAUAAUUUCAGAAGCAUCCCUGAUUACGUGUAUUCGACAAUGGCGAGUCCGUUCACACGGAAUUUCCGAGAGAAGAUAUUGCCCUUUGAAUUUGAAAAGAUGCGACAAUUCGACAUAUCCAUGAGCAAAGGAGAGACCAAAAAUGUCGAUCUGGUCCCUCCACCAGCCUUCAGCAAAACAUAUAUACCAUUUCAAUAUACCUACCGCCAGAACCCGACAGUCAAACUGUCUCAAGACACAUCGGGAAAUAUCACAGCUUUCAAUACCCAAACAGCAACUAAGGUGCUUACACAUCUGGUAACCUACGAUGUGGCCGAAGUGCCUUCUAAACCACGCGACGAAUGCCCGCCUAUAUCCACCCUAGACCCUGACCUCCAGAAGAUAAUCGCCACCCUCCAGAGACUCUUCUCCGAACGAAUAGCAUGGACUCGUCGCGCGCUCAUGAGCGAAGUGCGAAGCAGCGAUCGCUACAUUCUUAAACAUGCCAUCGGCUAUGUCGGAUACAUAUUCCGGUCUGGACCAUGGCGAGACGCAAUUUUCAAAUUCGGACACGAUCCUCGUAAAGACGUGGAAUUCCGCAAAUACCAGACAUUUGUCUUUCGCAUUCUUCCGCGCGAACCGGAUGUUGCUCGCGAUGGAGGCGGGAGUGCAAGACAGCGAAUAAAUAAUAGCAACAUCAGUAAUCUCAACGUCGCCACCAGCAGCGGGCGUGAAUUUAGCGGUCGUGACAUCUCUUCAAUCCCCACCGUCACUCGCGAAGGAGGACGUACCGGCCAUAUAUGGACAGGCAAAGCACCGCUCGCAGUCGACGGCAAGAUCUGGAUGGUCUGCGACAUUGUCGACCCCAUUGUGAAAAACCUCCUGUUCCCCGCUCAACCAAACAAGGACUUCCUCCGCAAAGAAUGCGAUCCCAUCUGCGACGGAUGGUACGGAAACGGCACACUAGCCAAAGUGAAAACCAUCAUGCGCCAGAAAAUCCAUGCAUUGACUCAGCAGCACCGCGAACCCGCCGAUGCAGAGUAUGAGUGUAUCUUGGGGUUUCCGGAUCAUGCGUCUGAUGAGAAGAGCUUGGAGGCGUUUCAUGUGGAUGCUGAGACGGCGACGCCGAGGGAGAGUAUGCUUGCGACUGAGGUCCGGGCUACGAUCAAGGGAGCUGCGAAUUGGAGAUGGGCCGUGAGCGCAAAGGCAGCUACUAGUAGUAGUAGUAGUAGCCAGCAGCAGCGACAGCAGCAACCGGAAGUGGAAGAGGAGGAGGAGAGAGAGGCUACUAGACGGGUGAUUGAGGAUGAAGAGGAGGCUAAUGAAGAAGACGAGAAUGAGCUUGAUGAUGACAAUGUUGGCAAUGAAGGUCAUGAUGGUGUAUAA